ACUGUUGGCAACUAAACUCUCGUCUGCUGUAUAAUACCAACCACUAUCUGUCUAAUAUCUCUCACAACGUUUAUGUUUCUCUUGGCGAUGUUUGAAUAACGAAAUAGCAGUUAUUGGAGUUAAGUGUACAAAGCACAUGGAAUUAGUAGCAGUAGAGAAAUAAAUAAUUUUUAAUUUGCUUUCAGGUCCUAUUUCAAAUGAAGGCUGACUGGAAACCAAUGAUGUACAGUUUAAGAUAUAUUACAGGAAUAAUGCUUGCCGGAGAUUGAAAUUAGUGGAAUAACUGAACGAUAUAUAUACUCAAUGGAAUUAAUUAGUGAAAGUGUCCGGCUUACAGAAUGAAUGUCGUGGAUUGGAGAAUAUUUAGGAUUAAAUGUUAUUUAAUACUAUGCUGUUUUCUUCAAAAUAUUUGUUUAGUUUUAUCGUCAGAAGGACCCCUUCCAAGUUUUACCAACACACCUACAAAUGUUGUUACACAUAAAGGAUCUGUUGCCAUUCUACGAUGUGGUGUUGACAAUCUUGGAACAAAAACCGUUACAUGGCGGAAACUGCCGUACAAUAUUCCUAUUACGGUAGGAAAAGAUCAAUUUCUCAAAAUUGACAGGUUUAAACUAUUCCAAGUUCCUUAUCAGGGAGAAUGGAACCUCCAUAUCAAAAAUGCUCAACCGUUUGAUUCAGGGACCUAUGAAUGUCACGUUAGCCUGAAAGGCGAAAAGAUUAGCAGGAAUAUUACACUUACAGUGUUAGAAACAGCAACUGCACCACUAAUUCCAAGUAUAAACAUGUCAGGAACGCAGAUUGUCGAGAAAGGAAAUCCAAUUAAAUUGUUGUGUAAUGCUACCAGUGGAAAUGAUAAACUUCAGUCUAUUGACUGGUUUAAAGAUGGUAAUAAAUUACAGACUAGUUACACCAAUGAGAUUUUUAUAUCUCAGAAAGUUUCAAUUUCGGAACAUUCAAUAACCAGUACGCUAGACAUUGACAAAGCAAGAAUGACAGAUAUGGGGAGAUAUGUUUGUCGAGCAAGUCGUAACCUAGCAACAAGGAUGAAAGUGGAUGUUUUAAAUGCAUUAGCAGUUAAACCUACAUCAGACUUUAACCAAAGACCAAAGCAACACAGACAUAUCACAACAGAGACAUAUAACGAAAAAAGGGAAACACAUAGUGAAAUUAUGAGUGGUCAGACGAAAGAUAAUAAAAACGGUUCAUCUAAAUUGUGUACAGAUUCGUACGUAUCAUCUCCUUUAUUUCUAACAGUUUUAUUACAAACAAUGUCAUCUAUUUACAAACAUAUUUUGUGAUUUGUGAUUAUUGAAACACUUUUGACAUUGCUAACUGUUAAAAUACUCAAUGUUUGUAGAAGAAAGGGACAAGAAUUCGUACAUAACUUUCGUCCAGAAACUGAAGGAAGAUUAUUAUUAUACCCUGUAUAAAUGUAACGAUGAGAGAUAACCGCUUUAAUCAUUAUAUGUGAUUAUAA